GCUCAAGCCCAUUUGAGCCCAGUCUGCAGUCUCUGCUCUCAGGUCGAAGUUUCUAGUCUAAACGUAAAUAGCUGUGACAAGCAGCAGCUUCGCCGUCUUGCAUCUUUGUAGCCGCCGAUUCCUCCUCCUACAAACAAGGAAAGGCUCCUUUGGCAUUCAGAGUAUUGUAGUGUCUUUCUUUUUGGUUCUCAAUUUAUGCUGUCUUAGAAAUAUUGAGUAGCACUGAGGUUGCCACUAGAAGCUUUUGUUUAUGAUUGCAGCCUCUAGUCUUAUGUUCAGGAACUUCUUUUGUUGUUCUGUUGUAGUUCUUAGUUGAGCACAACUAUGAAAUGAUGUUCAAUAGUUCUCCAUGGCGGACGAGGAACCCGUUGAUCAAAAGAAGUAUCUUGAAGAAUCUUGCAAGCCUAAAUGUGUGAAGCCCCUACUUGAAUAUGAGGCAUGUGUUAAGAGGAUUAAAGAUGACGAUUCUGGGCACAAGCACUGCACAGGACAGUACUUUGACUAUUGGUCUUGUAUUGAUAAAUGUGUGGCACCAAAACUAUUCUCAAAACUGAAGUAACUGGGAGAGGGUUGGAGCAGCUCUUUCAUUAUAUGUUUGUACUCUUUGCAACAUCAUCUGAAUUUUGUCAGAAGUUUACUUGGGUCGCUUGAAGCAGCCCUUAUUGAUUGUGAAGCCUUUUCAACUUUGGAAUAAAGGAAGAUAUAUUGAAUUGCUGCACA